AUGUCCGGCUCCGGCAGGAAAGACUUCGACGUGAAGCACAUCCUGCGCCUCCGCUGGAAACUGUUCAGCCACCCCUCGCCGGCGGGAGGCCCGGCGGGGGGCGGCUGCCUGCCGCCCGACAGCAGCUUCGAGCACUGGGGACCGAGCCAGAGCCGCCUGCUGAAGAGCCAGGAGAGAGGCAACGGCGUCUUCUGGAAGAAAUCCGCCUCCUCCUCCUCGGCGGCCACCACGGCCAGCCCGCCCAACGGGACUCUGCUGCCCGCCGGCGGCCGGCCGGCCACGGGGCACGGGCCGGGACCGCCGCCGCCUCGCACCGUCUUCUACGUGGAGUCCCUGGAGGAGGAGGAGGCGGAGGCGGUGCCCGGCGGGAUGGAGGUGGCCUGCGAGCCCGAGAAGCCCCUGGCGCCGCCGGAGCGCGAGGAGGCACCGGGGGGCUGCGCGGAUGGAGGCGGCCGAGCAACAGGUGACGGAUGCGGACACAGACUGUCAGGAGCCAGCCACUCCUUGCCACCCCACUGUGACAUGGAUUCCUGUAGCUCCGAGGAAUUCUACCAGGCUGUUCACCAUGCGGAGCAAACCUUCAGAAAGAUGGAGAGCUACUUGAAGCAACAGCAGCUCUGUGACGUUAUCCUGAUUGCUGGGGACCGCAAGAUACCUGCGCAUAGACUUGUCCUCAGUUCUGUCUCUGACUAUUUUGCUGCCAUGUUUACAAGUGAUGUUUGUGAAGCCAAGCAAGAAGAGAUCAAAAUGGAAGGCAUAGACCCCAAUGCACUGUGGGAUCUUGUUCAGUUUGCAUAUACAGGCUGCCUGGAACUGAAAGAAGAUACCAUUGAAAAUCUUCUAGCAGCUGCCUGCCUCCUCCAGCUUCCUCAAGUAGUAGAAGUUUGCUGCCAUUUUCUAAUGAAGCUUUUGCACCCAUCCAACUGUUUGGGAAUACGGGCAUUUGCUGAUGCACAAGGGUGCACAGAGCUUAUGAAGGUGGCUCACAACUACACCAUGGAGAAUAUAAUGGAAGUUAUAAGAAAUCAAGAAUUUUUACUUCUACCAGCUGAAGAGCUGCAUAAACUUCUGGCUAGUGAUGAUGUGAAUGUUCCUGAUGAAGAGACCAUUUUCCAUGCCUUAAUGAUGUGGGUGAAGUAUGAUAUGCAGAGGCGAUGCAAUGACCUAAGUAUGCUACUUGCUUAUAUCAGAUUACCACUCCUUCCACCUCAGAUAUUGGCAGAUCUGGAAAACCAUGUGCUUUUUAAGGAUGACCUAGAAUGUCAGAAGCUUAUUCUGGAAGCCAUGAAAUAUCAUCUUUUACCAGAGAGAAGAACUCUCAUGCAAAGUCCAAGAACUAAGCCUAGAAAGUCUACAGUUGGGACACUUUAUGCUGUUGGAGGAAUGGAUAACAACAAAGGUGCUACAACUAUUGAAAAGUAUGAUCUCAGAACAAAUAUAUGGAUUCAGGCUGGAGUAAUGAAUGGCAGGAGGCUUCAGUUUGGUGUUGCUGUCAUCGAUGACAAGCUGUUUGUCAUUGGAGGCCGGGAUGGCUUAAAGACAUUAAACACUGUUGAAUGUUACAAUCCAAAGACCAAGGCUUGGACUGUGUUACCACCUAUGUCAACACAUAGGCAUGGCUUAGGAGUUACAGUGCUUGAAGGACCUAUUUAUGCGGUGGGAGGACAUGAUGGUUGGAGUUAUUUGAACACAGUUGAGAGGUGGGAUCCUCAAAGUCAGCAGUGGACAUUUGUGGCAAGUAUGUCAAUUGCCAGAAGCACUGUUGGAGUAGCAGCAUUAAAUGGCAAGUUAUAUUCAGUUGGAGGCCGGGAUGGAAGCUCGUGUUUGAGUUCAAUGGAAUAUUAUGAUCCUCACACAAAUAAAUGGAAUAUGUGUGCUCCUAUGUGUAAGAGAAGAGGAGGUGUAGGAGUGGCUACAUGUGAUGGGUUUCUUUAUGCUGUGGGAGGUCAUGACGCUCCUGCUUCCAACCAUUGUUCUCGACUGCUUGACUAUGUAGAAAGAUAUGAUCCAAAAACUGAUACAUGGACAAUGGUGGCUCCACUAAGUAUGCCUCGAGAUGCUGUUGGUGUCUGUCUCCUUGGUGACAAAUUAUAUGCAGUAGGUGGCUAUGAUGGUCAAACAUACCUGAACACUAUGGAAGCAUAUGACCCUCAAACUAAUGAGUGGACACAGAUGGCAUCCUUAAAUAUUGGAAGAGCUGGCGCCUGUGUUGUAGUCAUCAAACAACCAUGACUUUGUCAGCACUGCUUAGGAUUUUACUGACUGUGAAAUGAUUAUUUUUCUAUGAGACAAAGAGAAUGACAAUUUCACAAGAACAAGGAUUUACACAGUGAAUACUCUGUUGAUCAGAAACUUGAAGUUUGAAAGUGAGAAAGAUUAAAUAUUUAUGUCCUAUAAAAUCGUAAAAACUGUUCACAGUCAGUGGACAAGAAAAAAAAACCAGAGUGUGUAGGCGUAAAUAUGUGAAUGUGGAGUAGUAAGCUCAAGUUCUCAUGAAUGUGUCCUGGAGAACUGGAUUACCAAGGUAAAGCUCUAUACAAGGAGCAGAAAGGAACAUGAAAACAGUUUUUGUGGCUGCAAGAGAACUGCAGAAACAUUAAAGUACAUUUAAUAAAUUUGAAACUGUGGUUUUUGAAAAAGAAAAGUUGAUAGUAAUAUAAUUUUUUUCUGUCCACAACCCCCAAAUGGGUUGUGGCCUUCUCAUUUAAAUGGGCAAUUUGAUUCUUACUGAAAGGAAGAGGUCAAAUGGUCUGGAUAUUCAUAAUGGCUGAACUGUCAGUCUAUAGUAGGAAUAAAAACAAAACUAAAAGUAAACUUGUUUUGUAUCUUCAGAUUGUACCUCCUUGCCAGUUUUAACACAUCUUAUAAAUUAAUCUAUUGAAUGGGAAGACUGUGAGUUUAAUCAAAUAAUACAUAAAGCAAUCCUGUGGCUGCAUUGGGGCUUUGUUGCAAAUAUUGGAGCCAAAAAAACAGUUUCCUAAUUCUUUCUUAGUCUUAUAUUCAGUUUAAGCAUGUGGGCUCUACUCUCUUUGUUUAAUGCAUUCUACUGCAUGUUAGAAGCUCAUGACAAGCUGGAAAAUUGAUAUUGUUCUUUCAGUGCAUCAUGUAUCAGAUGAACCCUGACCAGAACAGUCUAAAGAACCUCCUCUAAUAUUUCAAGAGGGAGAAAAGUCCUACAUUUUAGUUCUUUCUAAUGCUCGCAAAUUUUGCCUAACUAGAGCUGGCAAUUUAUGACUUUCCACUUAUGACUGAGAAUAACUGAGAAUAACUCCAAGUAGGCAAUUCAGUAUAAAAGCAAGUGAAAUAAGGAAAAAUAUACCAUUUGAUCUAAUAAAGUUCAUAUGGUAAGUAUACUGGUGUCAUCUGUACUUCCCUUUAGAGUUGAUAAUUUCUGCCAGUAAUGAUACUUUGAGCUUUUGCUUUGUGAGUGGAUUUAACGCUGAUGCUUUCUGUCUGCUCAGCUGAAUCAGUGAGAACCUAAGGCCACUAAUGGAAUAUGAAAUUCUGCUAUUCAGGGAGGUACAGUUUCUGGGAACAAUUCUACCAAGUAUACUUCUUUAAAGCCCUGCUGAUCCUUUAGGAAACAUUUCAUGGUCCAAAAGCAGAAACCUCACAAUCCUCUGUCACUAGCAAUUUUGAGAAGUAAUUCUGGUUGCACUAAAACCAGUUUUCCAAUGGAAACCUUUGAAGUCAUUUGAGAUGAAAAAUUACAUACAGCUUCCAGCUUGAGACAUUUUAUUUGAAGAUAUGUCUUUCUGCCUAACAGCAUCAGCAUGCAUGGAGAUCAUUGUUUACUGCUGCAAACUGAACUUCAGUUCUGAAGCCUAAGUAUACUGUAUUAAAUCUUUUAAAUACCUCUCUGUACUAAUUUGAAAUCAACCAAAAAAUCUUCAUAUUGGUUUUCUACAGCCACUUGGCUUUUGAAUUGCAAUUAGUCUUCCACAGGCAAGCAUGUCCAUUUUUCUCCAACCACAAGAAGCUGUUGAGUAAAAGAUGUUACCUCUAUAAAGAUUUUGCUUCACAAACUUCUAAGAUCAAAUGAAGAAGAUUCUAGCAUUAUAAUUGUAAUAUUAAGUAUAGACAAUGGCAUUUGGUUCUCCUACACAGAUACUUAAUGAACUUAGAAACUGAAUUUUAAUUCUAUUCCCAGAACUUUCUUUUGAUUACAUUAUGUCCAUACACAAUAGAAAUAUGAUUGUUCUACCUAUAUAUUGAUAUUCAAAAUUGGAUUAUUUCUAUUGAUUGUAUUCUGUGGCAGAUUUGUUUUCUGUGCCUUGUUCAUUCUUAUCCUCAAUUUGUCUUCUAUUUUAUUUUUGAUUCUCAAUUUCCUUUUACAUUUUUUCCAUUUGCCUUUAUUUUGCCAAAAUGGAACGUGAUUCUCAUGUGAAAUUUUUCAGACUAUUCCACUUCUCUAAUGCUGAAAGAAUAAAAUUUUUAUUUGUUUUAUUUAGGUUCUGUAAAAUCUAGCCACAAUAAGAGCCAAAUUUGGCUUUCAUAUUCUUUUUAUGCAACUGCAUCAAUAUGGUCUGGAGUCUCUUCUAGAGAGAAUUUGUGGAUAAUUUUUUAUUAAUUUUUUUUCUUACCAUUAUGUUUACUGUUAUUGAAAACAAUAAUAAUUUUACCUUUAUUUUCACAGGGAAUGCAUUUAAAUUGAAGUAGUCUAUAAUUGUAGUCUUGGUUUCUGUGAUUCAUUAAGACCUGUUUUUUAUUUAUAAGACUUAAAAUCACUUAUGAUACACUGAAUUGUGCUAAACAAUAUUACAUUUACAGGAAAAGCUGUUGUCUUUUCAAAAAAACAGAUAACCUCAUUGUUAGUGAUCUAGCAUGGUUUCUUUUCUCUCACAUAAUUUUGAAAUCGUACUUGAAAAUUUAUUUCAAAAUAUGAAAAUCAGAGUGGAAUCAGAACUGCAACAAAUAUUAGUUUCUGUGAAAUCAAUACCUGAAUUCCUCAAAAUGCUGCUUUUAAAUUUUAUAGUUUAAUAGUCUAAGUAUGGUCUCAAAUGUUAGCUUUUUCUCUAUAUUUCCAACUUUUUUAUUCAAGAGCGUCAACCAGCUUUAUUAGAAAGUCCUUCCCCCCAGGUGGGGCUUUUGGUGUACCAGUGGCUAAUAGCCAUUCUGGGGCUGGACUAGAGGCUCCAGGUGGUGGGGUGUGGAGUAGUGCACUGGCCCACCUUGGCCGAACUUGUCCUGCCCCCCCCCCCCAGCUUUAGUCAUUUUGAGCCAGUAAUCAUUUUCUCCAGUCUCUCACAGAAGAGACCUUAAAAUCGUCUAGUUCCAAUCCCUCUGUUAUAGGCAGGGAAACCUUUUACUAGGACAUGUUGCUCAAAGCACCAUCCAGCCUGGCCUUGAACACUUCCAGAUAUGGGGCACCCACAACUUCUCUAGGCAACAUGUUCCAGUGCCUCACCAAGCUCACAGUAAAGAAUUUCUUCUAAUAUUUAAUCUAAACCUACUCUCUUUCAUUUCAAAGCCAUUACGUGCCCUUGCAAAACACUCCUUUCCAGUUUUGUUGAGGCACUUAGAGGGCUGCUUUAACGUAUCUCUGAGACAUCUCCAGGCUGAACACUCCAACUCUCUAGCCAGUUUUCAUAGCAGAGGUGCUCCAGCCCUCUGAUUAUCUACAUGGCCCUCCUCUAGAUUUACUUGAAUGGAUCCAGGUCCUUCUAAUGCUGCUGGCUCCAGAGCUGUACACAGUACUCUAGGUGGUGUCUCACGAGAGCAGAGGGGAAUAAUCACUUCCUUAGAUGUGCUGGCCCCUCUUCUGAUGCAACCCAGGAUACAGCUGGCUUUUUGAGCUGCAAGCACACGUUGCCAGCUCAUGUUGAGCUUCUCAUCCAAUAACACCCACAAAUUUUUCUCCUCAUUGCUGCUCUCAAUCCAUUCUCUACCCAGCCUGUAUUUGUGCUUGGGAUUGUCCCAGCCCAGCUACAGGACCUUGCACUUGGCCUUGUUGAACUUCGUGAGGUUCAUAUGGACCCACCUCUCAGACCUUACAAGAUCCCUCUCUAGGCUCCAAGUCUCUCUUUCUGCCUCUGUCAUUGAACUGGUAGUAGUGAGAUAGAUUGAGAUUUUGCCCCCUGCCCCCCAGAAACUUUAGUUUAAAGUUCUUUCAUUCAUGACCAAAUUUUCUUCUUGGAGUGCUUACAGAAGCAAUACCUAAAAGACAAAAUAAGUGCCUUCCCCAGAAGAGGAAAUUCUUAUAAUGGUGGCAGUGCUUUUAAUAUUAUUAAUAAAAUUACUAAAGAAAUCAUAGAAGAAAUUACAUUUUUGCAGGGCUUUAAUUAGUUAUUUAACUAAACAAAAUCAAGAAAAAUACCAUAGCACGUUAUGUCUCUGUUUUUCAAAUUAAUUAAUAUUUCUGAUUUAAUUCCUUUCAAAAUGCUAGAUAGUUAAACUUCAAAAAUAAUUCUCUAGACAACGUUUGAGGCUGUAUAAAUAUAGAAUAUAAUUCAAGUUGAAAUCAAUAGAAAAAAUAAUCAAGAAAAAUAGGUAAUUUUUUUCAUGUGACACUUUUGAUCUGUUUCUACAAAUAUUGUAGUGUUAAAAAAUCCAUUUUGCAAAAUAAAUACUAACCUUGUGAUCCUCUGUUCCUUCUGGAACUGUUGGCUACUUUGCGGUUUUGGACCCUUCCUUUUAGUUAUUUUUUACAUUCACUUUUCAUUAUUGACAAUUAUGGAUGCUAGAAAUAUAAUCCCCAUUAGAAAAUAUCUACAUAGAAAAAUGUCAUUUACUAGCUAGCACUUUAUUAUUGACAUUAUGUUAUCCAGUUUUAUAGAGAAGUUUUGCAUUUAAAUCAGUCACAAAUAAGACAAUAAAAAGAUCUGUAGGUAAGAAUGUUGUUGCUUUGGCUUUAAUUACAACUGUUCAAUAUGUAUUUUUAUACAUGUUCUUGCAAUUAAAAUACUAAUAUUGUUUAUAAACAAAAGUAAAUUUAAAAAAAUCCUUUUACAUAGAGAACAGUCUUUUAUUCAUAUGAAACUGGUCAAAUUAUUACGGCAAUUUUAGGAUGCUUUCAGGGAGUUGCCUGUCUCAUAAUUUUACUCCAUUAAGCUAACAUUCACCGAUGUAAGGGAAUGAUUUUGGCAUAGACAAAGGAUCUUUUCCUUGAGUAACGUUCUCUUCUACAGAAAAUUGCCAUCAGUUGACCAUUAUUUUAAAUCUACAUAUGUUAAAAUAUAUCUAGAAAGCUCUAUAUAUUAUUCAGAUAACUUUUAUAUAUUUAGAAGGCACAAAUAAAUUCCCCUAAAUAUAUUUGCCAAUGACUUAAACACUUUUAAAUUACUUCAAUAAAAAUAACUCACAAAUGAAUUUGAAGUUAUGCAAGUUUUAAUCGCUCAGACCUUGAUGUCCAUGAGCAAACACUAGAAAUACCGUGCAUUGUGAUUAUAAAUGUAAUACAGUUUUUCCACAACAGAAUUCACAUCUUGGAAGACUUCCUUAUUACUGUACUCACAGUGAACUGGGCAAAACAAAAUGUGACCUAUUAUCUAUGACUUUGCCCUAGGUAUUUCAUGAGGAAUAAGUAGAGAAGGCAUUUCUGAAAGACUUUAAAAAGCUUUUGUAACUGUUAUCAGUAGCAAUAUUAGAUUACAUGAAUAAUCCUGUAAUAUUCUUCAGCAUUAUUCUAAAUCCAGUGUAAAGCUGCUCAGGUUGAUAUAACCUUGCAUUUCAUUCCAAAUUCCCUUAUAUUUCUGCUUCAUAGUACAUUGGGGAUGUAUGCUUAUGGACAUAGAGAGACUGCUCAAAAUCAUUAAAUCAGCAAAAGUUUGAUUUCCAUGUGUAGGACUUCAGCUGUUGAAAAUUAAACCAUAAGGAAAAAUACUAGCACAGGUAAGAAAUGUAGUGGCAAGGAACAAUACAACCUCAAAUCACUGGCUGUCCACAGCUUCACCUUGGGGAAUCUAUGGAGCUGCCAAAUCCAUCACCCUCUGAGGAUUACAAAAGUAGUCAAAGCUGAGGUAUAAGCAACUUAAGCUUCUGUAACCCCAUAUUUUCCCAGGUUUCCCAUGAUCACAUGAUGCUUAAAAAUGCAUAAAACUUACAAUAAUAAUAAUAAAUCCUCCCUUGCAGAAGUCUAGUACUCCUCAGAAUUAGGUCUGUGAACCAGGUUCAUGUUCAGUCUUCUUCACUUGGAAGGCUAGGUAGAUGUAUUAAGUCUGGUAUCUUUACUAAACUGUUUCUGAUGUAGCUAACAAAAGUCACUGAAGAGGGCUACCUUUGAUGGUCUCCAGGAAGAAAUAUUGUUCCAAAGGUGAGAUAUUUCAAUUAAAUGGAUGAGCAUUCAGUUUAAUCACCCCCACAUAAGUGUCUAAUACCAUCUGAGAUGCCCAAAAUUAUCUGAGUAAUCCACAUUGGGUUGGCGAGUAUGGCACAGAGGAAGUUAUGAAGGGAUAACAGAAGUUCAAAGAGGAAGCUGUAAAGUAUCCCAGAUGAUAUUAGAUACUUUUUUGUAGAUGAAUGAUUUUGAGUGCAAUUCUGUAAAGAUUUGGGUGGCAUAUUUCGAUCACAUAGUGGGAAAUCUCACAUGUAGACAUAGUGUGGAAAAAGACAACCUUUAGGUUGGGGUUCUGGGUUUUUUCUUGUUUCUACAUCUGUAUAUUUUCCAGGACAUCAAUUAAUUUAAAAUGGUCGUUUGUUCCAUUUCAAAGGAAAAAGAGAAAGAAGACUUGCAAUAGCAGCAUGAAUGAAUAAAUAUCCAUUUCAUAAUACAGAGUAUAUAGGUAUCUACUAUGUAAAUGUCCACAUUAGAAUUAUACAUCAAAGGCUUUUCCUUAUCACUAGAAUAGAAAAAUCAAUAUUUCCAGGACAUGAUUCAUCUCAUUCUAAAGGUGAAAUAAAUCACACUUUAAAAGUGUGUUUCUCUCUAUUGACUGCAAAAGUCCCUAAAAUUACUAGUUCAGACAGAAAUAAGUUGGUUAAGAUGAAUCUCUAAACUCUGAUGAAUGCUUAGAAGGAACUGGCCACACAAACAUUUAUUUCCAAUAACUAUGACAGAAAUUUAAUUUAGAAUAUAACUGCAAGACUCAACUGUGCACUGAACAAAACCAAUAUCCCUGUUCUGAAAUCCCUGUUAUAAUAAUUUUGAGCACCCAGAUGACAUACAAAUGAAGUUAAAUAUAGCUCUUUGUUAACAUAGGAGAGAAAGUAUUUAGAAAAUCGUAGCUACAGGCCCCAGUUACCUAAUGUUUAGAUAUCCUAGAUGUCAGGGAUAAGGGAGCAAUUUAAUACUGUAAGCUGCAAAACAUGUCUAUAUAAUUAAAAUUGAGAAGCCUUCAGAACAUAAAAGAGGAUUAUUUAAAAGCAUAGGAUUGCUGUAAUCAAUGGGCAUCAGUUAUUCCAGGCCCUUGGGUAGGAAGAGAAAAACUGGAGAAAAGAAGACACCUCCCACCAGAUGGGUCAUCUCAUCCAAAUACAGGCAUACAAAUAGAUCACCUUCUUGAAAUGCAUGGUUUUCCUCUUUGAUUUAUAAAGGUGCCUAUGAGACUAACCCAGAUUUAGGCACCUAAAUUAGUAGAAAUUCUAACAAUGAAUUGUAGAAAAAUGUCAAUAGUAUGAUCCAUCCGAAACUGUAAAUCUGCUUGACUUUCUUACAGAUUUAUCACAAAUAGUUUAUACCAUGCUGCAUAUUCAUUGACAGCUCUAUAAACAAUUAAAGAGAUAUAUUUUUUUAAUUAAAUGCAACUUUUGAAAUAACAGAUCUAUUGUACAACUAUUGUAGGUAAAUUUAUUUGGUGGUUUUAUGCAACCUCAUAAUCUCUCUUUGUGCAGUUCUGAACAACCAAUUGAUUAAUUGUUCAUUUCAUUACAAAUUGUGAAUGUUUAGCACCUUUUAAAAUCGCAAACCAUUUUCUUUGCUCUUUAAAAUCAGAUGUUUAUUUUUUAUUCCAUUUUGAAAAAUUGUGGCUAUAUUUUAUAUAAGACAUAUUUAUGUAACACAUGUUUAUGUGUCUGGAACCUUGCAGAAAAAUACAAGUCAGCAUUCUGCUGGAAUGAGAUUACAGAACACGUAAUCUUUUAAAAAUGCAUUUUUUAUGUCAGGAAACUAACAUAUCUUUGGUCAUAUUUAGUUGACUUUAGGGAACUGACUCAGAGUCAUUAAAAAAUAUAUAAAGAAAAAGAAACUAAACUUUUCACUGAUUUUACUUGCUUGACUGCUGUCUUUCUCUUCUUCCCUCCUAAAAAGCAACCAUGAAAAAAAGCAACCAAAUAAAUGCACAGAUAAGUUCUCUGUCCUUCUAAUUUCAGUGUCCAUUCAUUAACUCAUACUGUCAUAAAUUCUAAUUAAUUGUAAAAUUAGAAUUAGACAGAGGAAAAGCUGCAACCAAAAUGGCACAGAAGUAACUGUUACACAGAAUUUCUUAACUGGGGGGGGUGGGGGGUGGAAAAAUAAUAAUUUUUCUAGAGUGGUAUAAUCAACACACAGUGUCAGCAGAUUUAUGCUAAUGGAUGACUCAUUCCUUAACUAAAAAGCUUCUGCCUUUACCUUGCAUACCAAAAGAUCUUGUACCAGAUUAUGGCUGCUUGCUCUGCAUAAGAGACUGGAAACUGAGGGCUGAGUCUUCACUGCAAGUGGGACAUAGUUAAAGCAGUAAUGAUGUGCUAACAGCAUGUCAUAAAUAUGAACUUUCCAGUGCCAUCGUUUGAAAGUGCAGCUGUGUCGAAUUGGUCCAGUCAGGAGUUUUGAAGUUUUAGUUGAAAACAAAAUUAGUAUUUAAGAAGUAUCUUAGGAUGUUGGGGCAUGGGUAUAUUUAGUAUGGCAAGAAACUACAGAGCAAAGUAAGUGUACAGUUGUUUGGAAUCUAAGAUAAUAUAUACAUCAGGAAAAUAUAUAAAUAUUGUUGUAAAUACAUUCAAUUAAGCUGUCCUCAGUUUUGCAAUAUUUGCAGAGCAGUUUACUGAAUGUUAUGCUUUUACCGUGAUUCUGUUAUACCUUGGACAUGUAUGUAUAGAAUGCAAUUGAAGACAAUAGAGCACAAUAUUAAACUCGUAACCUGACUUUGUUCAACACAAUUUGCUUCAAAGUUUGAAUCUUGAAAAUAUCACUGUACAAAAAUAAAUAUGCCUGGUUUUAUGUGUUGCAGAGGUGAUUCUUUUAUGUGGAUAUGGUGACACAAUUAGGGGUUUAGCUUGCAUAUUUUAAACUUGCCCAUACACAAUUUUCCCAAAAGGCAAGAAUCUUAAGACUCUCAUAAAUAUUUAUAUUUUUCAUUUAUUCUUUUCUAAAGUCGGACAAUAAAGACUAUAAUGGAAUGACAAAUAAUAUCAUCAACAAUUCAGACUUUCAAGGGUUUUUGAUCUCCUUUUAUAGGAAACAUAAUGAAAGAACUUAUUUCCCUCAAACAUUAAAAAUGUCUACAUAGAGAAAUAUGUGGUUCAGGAUUUAAUUAGAGUAAGAGACAUGAAUUGCAAGUGUGUCUGGGUGCUGUUUAAUAUGAUGAUCAAUAAAAAAAUAAAUUCCUGUUGGAAAGAAAUAUACCUAUUCAGGCAAAACAAGUAUCUUGAAUCACACACAUUUGGAAUGGUUUAGUACCUAAAAUGUUAACCUGGGAUAUAAAAUAAAUCUGUGUUAUAAGACCUAUGAGUAAUUCAUAUUUCUUGAGACCACCUGU